GGGGAAGCCAUCGAAGCAAGCACUGCUGUCCUCGAGGUACCUGCUCUCUACCUGAAGCUCCUGCAACUGCCUAGCUCUCAGCUCCGUCCCAGUCACCACCUGAUUCCUCCCAGUGUUUCCGUUACCAAACUCUGCUUCCGGAGAAAGUAAUUAACUCUGGCCCCAAACCAAACAGCAGGCUUGUGGCAAAACUAGGCUUCAAACAUGGACGCCAACUAAAGCACUGAAGUGGCGGCUCUCACACCGGCAGCCCUCAGUAAAGACAUGAUGUCUCUGCAGCUGAGGACAGAUGGGGAGGACCUUCAGCUGACUGAGAAGAUCGCUGUUCUUCUCAGCAUGAUGGAAGGCUUGAAUUUGCAUUUGCUAAGGGAAAUUGCUGAAAUGGACCACAUCUCAGACAGACCGGAUGAAAAGGACAAACGUUCUGAAAACCUACAGACCGGUCUCCUUUACAAGAUAGACACUGAAAAAUUGGAUGGGUUGGAACAGGAGUCCGAGCAUGGCCAGGACUCACCAGGCAAACCAGAUGAGCAAGAAGUAACUCAAGUUUGCGAGGGCCCUCAAGCAUCUCCGCUGUCACCGUCUAUGGAGGAGAACACCCCGAUCCCAGAGAGCUUGAUCCUGAAGCUGAACUACUGGCGUGCAAAGAUGGGUCUCCAAAUGAAAGAACUUGAAGCCUACCACAGUGACUGGUUGGAGAGAAUCAACAACGUUAUACAAAAAAUAAAUAAUACAGAAAGCACAGUGAAGAACUUGCUAACUGAGGUUAUAUCCUUGGAAAACAAGUCUAAAAAUCUGGAGGACCCUGAUCAGGACACAGACAUUGAGGAGAAGAUCACAGAAAUUAGAAGUCAAUUAAAGGAAGUGAACAUCAAGCUGACCCAGAUCGACACUUGCAAAGAAGCCUGUGAGUUGAAGGAGAAGCUGAUUGAACAGAUAGAGAGCUUCUAUAAGGAAAUGAAUGUCUUGAACAGUAAGUUGGAGAUGUACUACACACAAGGAUCGGAUGUAGACUCCCAUGGCUCUGAAGAUGUGGACACAGAGCAAGAAGAGCCCCUGCCUCUGGAGGCUUCUCCAAGCCAGUCAGCAUCAUGCUUUCCUCCCUGCAGUGCAGUGUGGAAGCAUGCACUGAAGCUGUUCGUCAUGUUCUACAUAGUCACCAUCACUGGACUGUCGUGCUACAUACUGAUUGUGGACUCCACAUUUCUCUUCAAAAGGGUGCUACCCAGCAUGCUGGGGCACCGCACCAUGUGGGAUCUUUGGGAGAUGAUGGCGCCUUUCUUGAAUUUGGAAACUGAAGACUUGUUGCCGUCGUAAAGAUCCAAAGUUACCGAUAACUGACUCUCUUCCUCUCCAAUAAAAUAUGUUUCUAUAGCA